UAUCACUAGAUAUAUCGGAUAUAAUUUAUGUACCUUUCGUGUAGAAGUAUAUUGUUUUGUAUUUAUAACGAUUCGUUUCGGACGCAAUUUUAUUUUCUUUCAAAUAAACUUUGCGUAUAAUAUAAUUCCGCGCGAUGAACGAUAUUGAUGUUGUUGCCUUUGAUUCCACAAUUCCCAGAACGCAGUCUAUUUUUAGCAACACUGGAAAUGCCCAUUUCUCAUGAACAUAACGUUACUGCUAUUUCUUGCUGUUGCGUUAUCAGUACAUACCGUUGGCAUAUUAACAAUGUUGCAUUUAUUUCGUGGAAUUUAUUGACACAAUUAGUAAAUAGUCAAAAAUUUAGUUUUGUUAUCACAUAAGAUUCGUGUGCGUGACGCUUCAUCUGCUACUUCGGCCUAAUCUGUGGAUAUUUUAGGAGACAGAAAGACGAAUUGCUUAUAGAAUCUCAGCAAACAGUUCCAAGAAGAGCAGCAGUGGUCAUAGCAUGAACCGGUCUGCGUCUGUAGACAGUGGUAGUCGUGUACCGCGUGUGGGAGGGGACGCGGGCGUGAUGCCCAAUCAGCCCGUUGUGCAGGACCCCUCAAUGCCUCUCAUGCCACAGCAGGAGGAGGUCAACAAGAGACUGUAUGCCUGGGACACCAGCGGGCUCAUCAAGUCAAAAAUGAACUUAAUGAUCUUUUAUGAGAGUGUUGAAAAAAAGAUUGGCGAUGUGUUCGCCCGAUAUGGCGGUUUCAUCUCCCGUCACGCCUGGAAGGUCAUCAUCAUCGUCGUCGUCAUCAACUGUGCACUGGCUGUGGGAAUGCUCAGACUGAAGAAGAACAUCAGCGCUCAGGAUGUUUAUUUACCCGAAGGUACUCGUUCGAGAGAAGACCAUGCAACAAUGGAGGCCACUUUUCCUGAUCUGAGCAACAGAAACUACCACAGUAUCCAGUCACUGUCAGAAGGCUUCUAUGCUAGGGUCAUCGUGCAGGCCAAAUCUGGUGACCUUUUGACCUUGAACGCGCUGGAUAAGGUCAAGGAUCUGGACAAACUCGUGCAGAACAUAACCGUUACCCACAAUGGAACUACUUUUACAUUCAAAGACUUGUGUGCAAAAGCCUACGGUGCAUGCGCAUUGGGAGGAUCAAUCUUCUGGGAUGCCGACUUCCUUAGUGCUGUUGGGAACAGGAAGGUUACGUAUCCCAUGUUUAGGUCAUCAGCAGUGGGAAUGGUGAACUAUGCAUCGCUAGCUGGAGGAAAUGUCAAAGUUGCAAACGGAGUCCUGACAGGCUUGGAAUACAUUCACCUUAUGUACUCGCUGAAGGCAAACUCGGGGAAAGAACUGGCGGCCUUAUGGGUGAAGGCUUUUAAAACGCGGAUGGAUGGCUAUAGCUCUAUGGAACUGGAUGUGGCCUAUGCCAACCAUCUGUCACUGAACGAGGAACUAGACAAAAACAUCAGUGGGGACAUAGGGCUGUUCUCAAUCACAAUAACGUUAAUGCUUACGUACGCCUGUUUCGCCACGAUGAAUAUAAGGGAUGCAGUCAACCAGAGGGCUCUGUUAGGCUUGGCAGGCAUUCUUGCCGCAGGACUCGCAAUAAUCGCUUCUUUAGGACUCUGUAUGGCUGCGGGUCUCGAGUUUGUAAGCAUCGUUGGCGUUAUGCCGUUCCUGAUUAUAGGCGUAGGUAUCGAUGACAUGUUUAUAUUGCUAUCGGGUCUUUCGGGCGCGCAACGGGAGACUUCUGAAGGCGAGCCCACUGUGGAGGACCGGAUGAAAGAGACAAUGAGGGCAGCAGGUGUCGGGGUUACCAUCACCUCGUUAACAAACGUGAUAGCGUUCAUGUCCGGGGCGUGGUCCAGCUUUCUGGCAGUCAGGAACUUCUGUAUAUAUACGGGUGUGGCUGUGGUAUUCUGCUACAUCAACAACAUCACCUUCUUCACCGCAUGUCUUGCUAUCAACGAACGCCGUGUAGAAGCAAACCGACACUUCUUGUUAAUGACCAAGACGGUCCUAAGCACAAAGGAAGCAACACAACGUGGCCUAUCAAAAGCCCGCAUUCUGUGUUGCGCUGGGUCACGGCCAACAAAUCGGAAAGAAGCGGAAAGUCUUUUGGAUAAGCUACCCAGUUGGCUAAUCCCAAAGAUCGUUCUGAAGACACCAUUUAAGAUAGGUAUAAUCCUCUUGUUUGCGGGUUAUAUAGGGGCUUCUGUAUACGGAUGUGUGUAUCUUAAGCAAGGACUUCUGUUUUCGCAACUCGUUUCGGAAAAAUCUUACUAUCACAAAUAUUCACAGCUUCUCGAAAAUAAGUUCUCCCGCCAUAGGGUCGUCUCUAUAGUAACAAUACACACGUACUCGUACAGCGAUGCCUCAACAGAAAGUGAUCUUAAAGCGGUUUUGGCAAAGGCUAAAUCCAAUUCUUAUUUUGACCCGAACUUUGAGAUUAAUUGGCUCAGUUCGUACAAAUCAAGCGCCUUUUACCAAAACUCUAGCGAAGUUAACUUUAUAUCUGGUCUUAAAACAUUUUUGAAGGCUGCUCAGUACAGUCGAUUCGAAAAUGAUGUGGUCAUUGAUUCUGGAGGAACAUCAAUUAAAGCUUCCCGAGUGUAUCUUAUGUCACGGAACUUAAAGGAUAGCCAAGAAGAAGGGACAUUUAUGCUUGAAUCUCGUGUACUUGCGGAUGCUGCAGAAUUUAAGUGUUUUGCCUAUUCUCCGUUUUUUAUAUCCUUUGAGCAGUAUAUUCUAAUUCUACCACAAACGCUGCAGACGACUGGUAUCGCUUUAGCAGCCGUGUUUGUUGCCACGUGUAUUUUCAUGCCUCACCCUGUGCUAAUAAUAUUCGUAACGAUUGCCGUUACAAUGAUAAUGGCGGGCGUGGUCGGCUUUCUUUAUUACUUGGACGUCGCGCUUAGCUCCAUAACAAUGAUCCAUUUGAUAAUGAGCAUUGGAUUCUCCAUUGACUUUACCGCCCAUAUAUGUCAUGGUUUCUUGACUUCGAGUGGACAAAAUAGAGAUGACAAAAUCAGGGGCGCAAUUGACAAGACUGGUGCACCGAUAUUCCACGGCGCUGUUUCGUCUGUGCUAGGAAUAAUAGUUUUGGUUGCAGCUAAGUCCUACAUAUUUCGAUCAUUUGCAUUCGUGAUGGGGCUCGUUCUGUUUUUCGGCAUCACGCAUGCACUGUUGCUGCUACCGGUUGUGCUGUCAUGGAUUGGUCCAAUGAGCUCAGAAGAUACAAAUGUAGAAAGGCUAAGACCGCGCAACGCGACAGACAGACAGAUGAACAUUACCCAUGAAACGGCUGUUUGUCUAUGACGAACUCGAAAAAGCAAGUCCUGAACAGAUCUAGCGCAGUUCAAGUCCGCCGAAAACGAGGAUUAUGCCUUUAUCUGAUGACUUUGCAUAUUUUGAAAAGAAUAAACAAACUUUAUUACAAAUCAAAUUCUAGUGAAACAAAAUGCAGAAGACUGGGCUAUGACGAUAAGACGCACCCAAUGCAAAACGGGACCGAUAGACGAAAAUCUCCCAAACAUGGCUGCAAGCAUAGGACAGGACAUAACAAGCUUUUAAAAGAUCAAGCGCAAUUAAUUCAGCCUGCAUCGGAUUAAAUUUGGAUUAAAUUUGGAAAAGAAAUAGGCAAACGUUGGAACUAUAUCUGGUUAAACUACGUGGAAGAACGUUGAUCUGGUUUUGCUUGUGUUCACUGCGACAAGUAUUAUUUAUUUGUUUUAUUUAUAUAUUUGUUGUUUUUUGUUGUUGCUUGAUUUUGUUUUGUCAUUAGCCUUGACGUAGUUAUAAGGUAUGAUCUUGCACGAGUUGUCAUAUCAUACCAUAUUUUAUUAAACAAGUUCAGGGAUUGUGUUAGUAAGCGAGCCUUUGGCGAGCUUACUAACGAAUUUCCUGGAAGAGUUUAAUAAAAUAUGGUAUGAUAUGACAACGAGUGUCAGAUCUUUUUUAUCACAUGCUUUUAAAUGAGAUGUUAUGUUGAUCUUCCAGUUCAAACUUAUGUGUCUGCUGUUAAACAAAACUAUUAUCUCGUUAUGUAGAAUCUUUAAGUCUGUAACCUUUGAAAGGUCAUCGGAGCGAUUCAUGCGGUGUCAUCAAAUCCCGAAAGCGGAUAGGAUAGAAACGUCAGAAUUGAAUAGAUUUAUUUAUGUGAUUCAAAAAAGACUGAUUCAGUAUACACAAUUACAUUGUCUGCGCCGUUACGGUGGAUUAUAACGCAAGAGUUCAUUGUUUAAUGUUGUAUUCGAAAGUGGAAUACAAUAACACAAUCAACGUGUACGAUACAACCAACCAAAACACCACAGCCAUGUUUUAUUCCAUUUAUUAUAUACCUCUUUAUUAUAGAUAACAAUCGAAAACAGUAUUAAAAACGCAUUUGAAAUAAGUUUAUUUAAAACUGAUGUAAAUAUAGCAUUUGAUAAAUGGUGUGAAAUAGUUAAAAAUGCCACGUAUGAUGAUACCUAACAAAUCUGUAAAAAUAGGACCGAACACGGGUUCUAGAAAGCGUCGUCCAGGUAAACCUUGGUGGACAAAUCAUCUCACUGAGCUUGGGUCUGAAUUGUCACUUGCAGAAAAGAAGUGGUUGCAAUGUUAUAUCAGGGUUAAUAGCAUCACUUUUAAAGCCCAAUAUGUUAAAAUUCGCAAACAGUUUGAUGCAGAAGUCCAAAUGGCAAAGCGCCGUCACUGGUACAACCUUAAGAAUGAUAUACUAAACGAAUGUAAUGUUGUUCGUUCAAGUUUUUGGAAAACUGUUGGAAAAAUUGGUAUCGCACAGGCUAACAAGAAAGUGGUUCCUGAUGAGGUUGUUUUGAUUAUGGCUCUGUGUCCACGGACUCUAGUGAUAUUUUACAUAAAUGGAAAAAAGAAUUUAGCUACUUAUUUAAUAAUCCAAAUGUGUAUUGUAAUAAUAUGUAUAAUAUUGUAAAUGGUGAUUUUGAUACACUUUGUUUUAAUACUGAUCUUUCUAUUAUGGAAGUGAAAAAAGUAGUUGAUGAUGGUAAACUUGGGAAAGCUAAUGGUAUAUAUGAAAUACCUACUGAAGCUCUAAAGAAUGAUACUUCUGUUAUGUUUAUGCAUGCUUUGUUUAAUGUAUGUUUCUAAAGUGGUACAAUUCCAACUAUAUGGGGUAAAAGCAUUAUUAACCCUAUUCCUAAGUCAACAAAUAUGGAUCCAAGGAACCCGUUAUCAUAUAGGGGAAUUUCUUUAAUUGGUUCUGUUUAUAAAUUAUAUUGUGCUGUUUUAAAUAAUAGAUUAAAUAGUUGGGCUGAAAGUCAAAAUAUUCUUGUUGAUGAACAAAAUGGCUUCAGAAAGAAAAGAAGCACAAUUGAUCAUUUGUCUCUUUUAACAAACAUUAUUGAGACUAGAAAGAAACGUAAGCAAUCUACAUUUGCUGCUUGUAUUGAUUUUAAAAAGACAUACGAUCAUAUAAAUGGAGACUUACUGUAGAAAAAAAAACGCAUGACAUUGGUAUUAAAGGUAAAAUGUUAAGUGCUGUACAAUCUCUAUAUGCUUCUGUAUAUUCAUGUGUAAGAGUUAACUACAAACACACAGACUGGUUUACUGUAAAGUCUGGGUUACGACAAGGCUGCAUAUUAUCUCCCCUUUUUUUAAUCUAUACAUAAAUGACCUACCUAUAUACCUAAAAUCGCUUGAUAUUGGUAUUGAUUAUGGAUCGGAUAGAAUAUGUGUACUGCUAUAUGCAGACGGUAUUGUUAGGUCUAUACGUCUUGUUAGCUGAAAAUGAACAAGAUUUGCAAUGUCUAUUAAAUGCGUUCAAUAACUGGUGUAGCGCCAACGAAAUGUAUAUAAAUAGCAAUAAGAGUCAAAUUGUCCAUUUUAGACCUGUAUCUAUGUGUUAAACAUCUGUUAAUUUCAAAUGUGGUGAUCACACAUUAGCUAUUGUUGACAAAUAUAUGUAUUUAGGACUUAUGUUACAAGCGCACUUAGAUUUCAAUGUCACUGCAAAGGUAGUUGCUCGAAGUGCAAGUCGGGCUCUUGGUCUUCUUAUAGCUAAAUGUAAAUCUGCUGGUUGUCUUUCAUAUAACGUAUUUACUCACCUUUAUGAUUCUACAGUUUGGCCUACAAUCAGUUAUGGCUCUGCUAUCUGGGGUUAUCGUUCUUACUCAUGUAUUAAUGCCGGGCAGUAUCGUGCCAUGCGUUUCUUUUUGGGUGUCGGUAAAUAUACGCCAAAUGUUGCUGUCUCGGGUGAAAUGGGAUGGAUACCCCCGGAAAUCAGACAGUGGAAAUCCAUUGCUAUUUAUCGGGCAAGAUUAUCUAAUAUGCUUGACUGUAGAGUAAAUUAAACGAGUUGCACUUUGCACUGCAUCUGCAGCAAAUAGAUCAUGCAAAAACUGGGCUUCUAUGUUGAUAAUGUGUUACAAACUUUUGAUGCACAACAAUAUUGUAGCAUAAGUGUUUCAAUUCCAAAGCAUGCUAUUAUCAAUAAGGUUACAAGAAAGAUGCAAAAAAAAUAUUUCAGAAUGGCUGGAAUCUUUAAAUAGUGCCACAGGCCCUUCUUGUCGUGGUGGUAAUAAGUUACGUACGUGUCAGAUGUUUAAAAUGAUUACCAGACCGAGAGGUAUUGCACACUUAUUAUGCCCCCACGACAUCGCGCUGCAUUUAGCAAGUUCCGCUGCGGUGUCGCUCCUUUGCGCAUAGAAACAGGGCGUUACGAGGGCUUAAGUGUACUUGAAGGAAAAUGUCCGUUUUGUGGUAAUAUUGAAGAUGAAAGCCAUGUACUUCUAGAUUGCUUUUUGUACGAUGACACAAGACAAGCUUUAUUUUAGAAGGCUAAGCUCGUAGAUAAUACAUUUGCUAGAAUGUCUAAAAAUGAACAAUUGAUAUUUCUUUUCACAAAAACUGGAAUGAUACGUUUUUAUGCCAAAACCUGUUUUAAUAUUCUACAACGUUGUAUUUUAUUCCUAUGUAAAUAAUGGCAUUGUACUUUCUCUAAUCAUAUGUUCUUUUAUUUGCGUUUAGGUAAUUAUUGCUAAUCAGUUCACCCAAGAUAGGAGCUUGGAUGAUAUUCGGUAUUUUAUAAUGUUUUAUGUUAUACGCGCAUAAGGGCCCUUACAACUCUCGGUAUGUUACAAAUUCAUCAGACUUAUAGCAGUCUUUAAUUAACGAUUAGCGAUGGUCACCUUACUUUUAAUACUUUGUGUAAAUAUGUAAUAGUCUUGAAGUAAUGUAAUAUUGAAUUGCUAUGUCUUUUAAAAUCUUCAAAGAAUGGUCGUAUACAUGUUUUAUGUGAAUAUUUGCACAUGUGUAUGUAUAGUCAUAUAUGUAUGUAUAGCAAUUUGUGUGAAUAUAAAUGUUUGAGUGUCACCACUGACUAGGUCGUAGAUGGUCUGACCAUAGGCGAUAUAUGACUUUGUAAGACAAAGAGUUUUAUUUUCGCUUUCAUUAUUUUAUUGUUUAUUUCUUAUGGCAAAUUUUAUGGUGAGGUCAGUGGGAACAGUCCAAAUUGUAUUAUGUAAUAUAAUCUUUAACUGUACUGUGCCAUAUGUGACUUAGUCUUAUAACUCUAAGAUCGUAUUAAGCUGUUUUAACUGAUGUCCAGUGUUUUUUGUGGAGACUAUAUAAUUUUAUGGUAUUUGGAAGAGAGGUAACUCUGAAGUUCAUGUUACAGUUUCUGUUAUAUGAAUUCAGGGGUUAGCUAUCUUCCAUUUUAUUAUAAUUGUAUAAUGAUUCUUGUAUUGAUAUAAUACUCUAGUCUCUUAUAACUCGAUACUUUUGAGUUGCAGCAUUUUAUUUUAAGUAUUAUGCUUAUGUUAUAUUGUAUGUUGUGAUUGUAUAUAUGCUGAUGAGACUAUAAUAAACUAAUAAACCUUUAAAGGAAAGACAAACAAAUAUCAUGUUUUCCACAAACGCCUGGCGUCGCACGGAAACCAACUGUUGUUAACAAUAACAACACAGAACAGGAAGUCCGCUUUAUCCAGCCUUUGAAAAAGAGAUCGGGUUUCAAAUUGCUCUCAUCAAGAAGAUAGUAUUUUACACCGAUAAAACACCAAUAUUUGAGUAUAAUUGCCAUAAGGUUUAUAAUAAAAAGAUGUGUACUAUCAUAAUAGACAAGGGCUAUUCGUAUGUUGGCAUAAAUUAUAUAUUGUGUGUAGACGCAACCUUUUCCUCAAGUUUGAACGAACAAACAAACAAGCAUUUAUUCGUGAACUUUUUUUAUUAUUAUUUUAUAAAAAGAGAAUACACGCAAUAGUAUAAUAAAUGUAAAAUGCAAGUGUAAUAUACAAAUUCUUCUGUUUACAUAUAUAUUUGGAUAUGCCUCGAUAAAUCCAGAAAUAUGCGAUAACACCUUAUUUAAAAGAACAGUACUUUAUUCGUUUGCGUAAGUAACAAAACAGUGACAAUAAGUAAUAACAUGUGAGCUUAUUUAUCAGAGAGUUAAACAAAUAUCAAACAAACAGCAGUUUAUACGAUGAAUCACAGAAGAUCAUGUGGGAAAGUGGUUGUUAUGUUAAGAAUCUCAUGGAGAGGAUCAGUAACAUAAUGGUUAUGAAAACAAUAUAUUGUCUAUAAAGAAAGAAAAAAUUAGGUUUUAAACCAGAAGGUGUUAAAUAAUUAAUAAGUGCUUAUGUGAAUUCGCUCCAAUUACAAAAGUAGGAUUAAUGAACAACAACAAUAUUGAUUAUAAUAAUACUUAAAAUAAUAGUAAUAACAACAACAAUUAAUAGUUAACGAUUAAUUACUAGUUAAGUACUUGUAUGUGGAUACGCUCCAUUUACAAAAGAAGGAUUAAUUAUUAACAACGUCAGUAUUAAUUAGAAAAAUACUUCUAGUAAUAGUGACAACAACAUCAACGAAAUUACUAAUGAUAAUAAUAGUGAUAAUAAUAAUAAUGAUGAUCAUAGUUAAGAAUUACACUUAACAUUAGGCGUCGAUAAUCGUUCUUCAAAUUCAGUUUAUUUUACACGCUAUGGCAUUUACUAUGUAUAAUUUAUUAAUAUAUCCAAAUAACGUAUUAUUGACUCGGAUACACAAAAUUGGCAUCACUCAAUACAAAAUUCGAUUCGCUGUUAUCAUUACAAAUGCUUUAAAACGCGUAUAGGUCCAGAGAGAUACAUUUCCCUGAAUAUCCAAAAAUAAAUGAAAA